AUGAUCACGUUUCGUAUUCUGCUGUGUCGUUUCUAUGACGUCGCUGAUGAAGAUCUCGAUGACGCCCUGAAAGGAGUUGUUAUCACGGUGGAUCUCGCGGACAAUCUUUCUGUCAUGAAGACGAUUCGCGGACGCCAUUGCUUGCUCCAUGACAAACGAAUGGCAGUCCCGAUGGAUCUUUUUCUGGAGGCUGUAAAAGUGUCUUUCAAGUUCUCACUGUUCGUGGUCGGAGGACAGGCUGUUAAACAGUUGCGAGGUGCGCCAAUGGGAAGCCAUUUCUCUCCGGCUGCAUGUCACGCAGUGGUCAGUCUGUAUGAACACAUGUAUUUCAGCCAUUGCCUGCUCAAUUCUGUUCGAUUGCCAACGUAUGGCCUUGUUGUUCGAUAUGUGGACAAUCGCCUCAGCCUGAUUUUUGAUCGUCACAGGAAUGUUGCUGCCGACGUGUGUGUUCCACCCAUUGUAUUGGAGUAUGAAGAGGGAAACCUCUUUUUGGGGUUCCACGUGGACCUGCAGCAGCUGCGCAUCAAGUAUGUGCAGCCCGUUGAGACUUGGAAGUUUCUACAUCCGUUGUCUGCUGCCAACUCACGUACACUCUUGAGCAGUUUUCGCUCCAGAGCCCAUCUGGUCGCACGGGCUUCCUGGCCCAAGACACAAUGUGAUGACGAUCUGAAUCAGCUGGUACAGUCUUACGUCAAACAAGGCUUUGAUCCCAAGAUGAUGGAGGUUAACUGUGCUUUGACCCCUCCGGAACAGCUUCCAGCCUGGGCCCGCCCUGAUGAAGGAAGACGCAGAGCAUCUCCUCCUCCUCUUCGCCGCACCCCAGGCCUUCCUUAUGCAUCAGAACGCUCAGAUGCUAUGGUGCCUUUGCCUCGUGCGCCCCCGCCGACUCCACCCACUCCUUUUCUGACGUUGACGGAAGGCUACAACACGAUUCAGGUGCAUGAUGAAGCAAUGGCCAAUCGUCUCAUUGAAAGACUGGCCCUUCCUCACAGGCAGGACAACAGGUCCCGGAGCCCGGUGUUACGGUCGUGCCCACCUCUCCCCCGACGUCGUCCAGCGGUAAGAGAUGAGCCAAGCACGUCAAUCCAGCUUCUUGUGUCGAAUGCCAGUGCUGACGCUUACGUUGUUCCAGAUGGACCAGAGAUUCCUCCUCCAUCCGAUGAGUGGACUUGCAUCAAGCCUAGCGCUGGAUCAGAACUGUGGGUCAAGUUUAUGGACACGUCGAUGUUGAAUGAUCGCCCGGACGUGCAACACAUGAUGUGGCCGCAGUUCUUCUGUAUCAAAACGAUGGCCGGAAUGCACUUGUAUGGGUUUCAUCCUACGGAAAAUACGAAGGACAACAAGAAGCAGUGGCAUGAUUUUGAACGUCUCCUGCUGCAUUUCCGUUCGGCCCUGAUGCGUGACCCGAACCGGAUCAAGUCCGCCGCUGAGCUCAACGGCUAUGAUUGUCCUGUACUGAACGCAGGUACGUACUGGCUGUUUCCCUCCGAGACAGAUCCCACCGCCGGGGCCUCGGCGUCCGGUGAUCAUGAAGCUCCGGUUGGAGUGUUCCUUGUGUUGACGACGGACUUAUCCUCGAUCAUUAGCCAGAGAGUCGUCCGACCAUCGUAUUACGAUCGUGCUGACAGAAAAUGGUUGCUGUCCUCGGGGUUCUAUGGAAGAAUGGCUUGGCCCCCAUCGGCCAUCAGGCAGCCAAAGCUCGAUGGCUCCAUGCCAGAUCACCUUGCAGCUAUGUGUGCGUCCAUGGUAAACGCCCGCCGUUUCGGAGGCAAGCAGUCUGAUACCCGGACAUGCGCCGCGGUGGGGUGGACAUUCGUACGCCAGCAUGUGCAUUCCAAGGCGGCCUUUGCUUCGGACCAGACAUUCGGGCACAUGUAUGAUUUGGUUCACGGCCAGGACGGCCGGUGGAUGUUCAGGUCUUCCCGUAGCAUCUUGACAGGCGCAGCAGUGUUCUGGACGUCGUGGGCCAUUGAAGAUUAUAUAGACGUCCUGAGGUCUUCUUGGCUAGGUUGUCUUCCGCUUUAG